AUGCAACUCACCAAACUCCCCUUCUUCCUCCCCCUGAUCGUCUCCGCCUUGGCCAUUGCCGUACCAGAGGCAGACCCAGGCACCCGCGUCACCGGGUCAAAAGAGGCUGCAAUCCUCCAAGCCAAACGCAACGAUCUCGAUAAACGCCAAAAUUGCGUCCCUAAUGGCUGCAAAUGCAACCCCGUCCCACAAGGCCAAUACUGUGGCUGGUGCUCCGCCGUGACCAAUGCUGGCACUGGUGGUAGUUGGUCCGAUGUCUUCGAGUGUAAUCCUUCUGGUGGAUGUUGUCGAUAUGGUCCACGAGCUAGCUGCAACAACUGGCCAAACUUUUCCCCAUGUGGCUAA